AUGACGACCGACUAUGAGCUUGACAUGUUCAAUAGGGACCCGAACGGUCUCAACGACCAUGUUAGGGUUCACUUUGAUGAAGUUCUCGGAGAACCCGACGGAUCCCACUCUAUCAGCUGCGUCUGGAGCAUUUCCUAUCGAUGCUUCAACUGCUGCAAGAACUGCUGCUACAAGAUGCUCUCCCUUAUCUGUGGUAUCCCUCUCGCCUUCUGCUGGGGAUGCGAAUUCGCCUGCAUUACUUUCUGGCACGUGUGGUACGUCACGCCUUGCAUGCGAUUGUACAUGAUCAACUGCGGUUGUCUGCAGAAGUUCUACGGCACUUGCGUGCAGUGCUACAUUCAGCCGAUAUGUGAGGCUUGCAGUUACUGCUUUAGCAACAUCCGAGUUACGAACUUGUCCGGUUAA